ACUGAGAACAGAGCGGAUAAGGCAUCUCAAUUUAUAUCUCCCAAAAGUUAUGCAUACAGAGACACUGUCUCUAUCUGCACUCUUACCUCAACCACCUAGGGCUGCCGGAAAAAAUGGCGAUCGCCGUCGCAUCUUGCUGGAUUAAUGCGUUCGCCUCCGCCGGAGCUUCUCGCUCUUCACUCUCCUCUCAACGUCUCUUCUCCUCGCCGCCAAUUUCAGCUACUCGUUUAGUCAUUCCGAAAGCUACGAGUAAGCGUCAAAAUCCGAAGAGAAAUCAGAAGGAGAGUGCUCGUAAAUCAUCACCGGAGAAAGAAGCUAAUAUUCAAAAGCUUUCAAGAAGAUCAAGAGAUGAAAAGUAUUCAAAUGCUGAUGAUUACAGUGAUACAAAAAGUGCAGAACAACAACCUCAGUCAACCGCCUUCAAGUCGUUUGGUACACAGAGAAAAAACGCCAAAGGCUUUAUGGGUAACUUGAAGGACCAACAGGGCGAGACUACUAAAAUUCAAGAUGCUUCUUUUCUUAAUGCUGUUGUGAAGGUUUAUUGUACUCAUACUGCACCUGAUUAUUCCCUCCCUUGGCAAAAGCAAAGACAAUAUACAAGUACAGGAAGUGCUUUCAUGAUUGGUGAUGGAAAGCUUUUGACAAAUGCUCAUUGUGUUGAACAUAACACACAAGUUAAAGUCAAGAGAAGGGGAGAUGAUACCAAGUAUGUGGCUAAGGUUUUAGCUAAAGGCAUGGAAUGUGACAUAGCUUUGCUCUCAGUGGAAAAUGAGAAAUUCUGGAAAGGAGCCGAGCCACUUCAGUUCGGCCAUUUGCCUCGUCUUCAGGAUCCAGUUACUGUUGUAGGGUAUCCACUUGGAGGGGACACCAUUUCAGUGACCAAAGGAGUUGUAUCUCGAAUAGAGGUCACCUCCUAUGCUCAUGGAUCAGCUGAACUGUUGGGCAUUCAGAUUGAUGCAGCAAUUAAUCCUGGUAAUAGUGGUGGCCCUGCUUUCAAUGAUCAGGGAGAAUGCAUCGGUGUCGCAUUUCAGGUGUACAGGUCAGAUGAUACUGAAAACAUUGGGUAUGUAAUUCCAACAACUGUCGUGUCUCAUUUCCUAGAUGAUUAUGAGAGAAACGAGAAGUACACAGGUUUCCCUUCCCUUGGAAUAUUAUUGCAAAAGUUAGAGAAUCCAGCUUUACGUGCCUGCUUAAAAGUGCCAUCUAACGAGGGUGUACUUGUCCGUCGUGUGGAGCCCACUUCUGGUGCCAGUAAUGUCUUGAAGGAGGGGGAUGUAAUUGUAAGCUUCGAUGGUGUAGAAGUCGGAUCAGAAGGGACAGUCCCAUUUCGAUCAACCGAACGCAUUGCAUUCCGCUACCUCAUUAGUCAAAAAUUUACAGGGGAUAUAGCAGAAGUUGGUAUCAUCAGAUCAGGGGCUUUCAUGAAAGUUCACACUGCUAUGAAUCCACGUGUUCAUUUGGUACCGUAUCAUAUUGAAGGGGGUCAGCCAUCAUACUUGAUAGUAGCUGGCUUAGUUUUUACCCCUCUGUCAGAACCACUAAUAGAUGAGGAAUGUGAAGACAGCAUAGGGUUAAAAUUAUUGACAAAGGCACGGUAUUCCAUGGCGAGGUUCAAAGGAGAACAAAUUGUGAUUUUAUCACAGGUAUUGGCAAAUGAAGUUAACAUCGGGUAUGAGGAUAUGAGCAAUGAGCAGGUUCUGAAGUUCAAUGGAACUCGAAUAAAGAACAUUCAUCAUCUUGCUCAUCUUGUUGAUUCCUGCACAGACAAAUACUUGGUUUUCGAAUUUGAGGACAAUUAUCUUGCUGUGUUAGAUCGAGAGGCUUCAUCGGCCGCCUCACCCUGCAUUCUUAAAGAUUACGGCAUCCCGUCAGAGAGGUCUUCUGAUCUUCUAGAACCAUACGUGGACCCCGUUGGUGAAAACCAAGUAAUCGAACAUCACGAUCUUGGUGACAGUCCUGUCACAAAUUCAGAUUUCGGGUCUGAUGGACUUCAAUGGGCUUGAUUUCUCUUCCUGACCCAAAUGUAAGUCUCGAUCCACACAAGUCAUCUGCAGCCAUAUUUUUUAGGCUCGAGUGCCGCUGCAAAUCGAUGAAAUUUCAUCACUUUCGUAAACGGGCUGUUGGAGAAAUGAAGACGUUGCAGCUUUGGCAUGAAAGCGUCACUGCAGCGUGUGACACCGGUAAGCUAGCGAAUUGUUGUAUUUGUAUACUUAGUUAUUUAUGAUUUUUGAUUUUUUUAACCAUUUAUAGGAGAACACCCAUAAUUCAUUUAGCUCAAUUAGCUUAUAAUCCCCAUUCUCGCAUGGGUUUAUGGUUGGAAAACUGAAAUUCCAACCCUCUUUUUGUGCCAUUUUUGGAUUUCAUUUUGGAAGUUAUUUUGUGAUAUGAAAUAAUUUUAAUCAAA